ACUUUAUGUAUUUAGGAUUUCCAAUAUUUUUGUUGUAAUUCGGUGACGCAGACCGCCUGACGGGCAUGCGGGCAGUCGAGCUUGCGGGUCGGAGUUGAGCGUCUGUUGAUCAGCGUUGCAGAGGAGAGUCGGCAUUCGAAGAUCUGUUUUCCAUGGUGAUUCACGAGGACAUGGCGACACCUGCAAGUUCUGUGGCUACUUCAAGUGGAGGGAAGUCUCCUUCGGCUCAAACAAGUCAACGACUGACGUGCAAGAUAUGUGGAGCGACUUUCGUGUAUCCGGGCUCUUUCACAAAGCACAUGCAACGCCAUGAAAUGAGCAACAAGAGAAGCCAAGAAUCAAGCCCGAGUCCGAGUUCCAUGUUGAUGUCCGAUUCCACGCCGUCGAUGGUCACCUCGAAGAGUCUCCAACAGGUUGUGCCUCAACCACCGGCUGUCAGCCCUUCUACAGCACCAAGCAUGAAUCACAGCUAUUUUCCUAAUUCAAGAGAAGUCGAAGAAGUGUCGGCUAGUAAUUCGAUGAGAUGUCAAGUUUGUGGUCGUCAGUUUAAGUACAAGAGUUGUUUGAUUACGCAUAUUGAGACGAAGCACCCACAAGGACAGUAUGCGCCCUCACAAAACAAGCUGAGUGCUGCGUCUCGCAUGCCUGCAUUACAGUGUGAUUUCUGUGGCGAAGUAUUUGUUUAUCAUGCCAAUCUAAUGAAACACAAGCACAAGGUGCAUCGUGAGCUGAUGCACACGUAUUCAAAUACAGUCAAGCAGCAGCCACUGAUACAAGCACUCUCUCCAGUCAGUGGACCAUCACAUCUUACAUCUCCUCGUGAUAUCAAGCCAAACAUUGAGCCAUACCCUCAAGCAGCAUUGAGUGCCUUCACUCCUACUCUGCCAUCCAGGCAAGUGCCAGGAGACGUCGUCUCUCCAGGAUACAGAACUGGUGAGAGUUCCAGUGACACAAGCCAGCGACAAGCAGAGAAACCAAUAGCACCUGAGGGCGGCAGCGAGGAGGACGAAAAGGCUUUGGCUGAAGGGAGUGCCUUCCAUCAGCGAUUUCCUCGUAACUCGUACGAAUGUCCCGUCUGCAAGAUGACGUUCGUGUACGGUACGAGCUUCAUGAAGCACAUGUCACGUUACCAUCCCGGCGAAGAGGUUCCCUACAUGGGCCCCGUCAGUCGCGAAAAUCACCUCAAACAAAUAGCGACCGUCGGAUCAGACGGAAAGAAAGAAAGUCACGCGGACGCCGCCGACCGAAACAAGGACAAUCAGUGUCCGGACCUGAUGAGCAUAUUUGAGACUGCGAGUCUACGUAUUGCUGGCAUCAAACAGGAAGGAUUGAAGAAUCUAUCAAGCGAGUUCAGUUUCAGUUAUAACUCGGAUGGAGGCGAGCGGGAGUGGGAGGGUCAACAUGAUCGUCGAGUGUCGUCGAACGGUGAGGUGAGCAGCGGGGAAAUCGAUAGACACGAAGAGUCGGAGAGCGGUGACUCUGAUGGUGCUGCAGAGAGGAAUGAAAACAAGCAGCAACGUAAUCGAGUGAUGGAACGAGAUGUCGGUAGCGAGGCUCUCGUGUCGAAACAUGCGUCUGUGAUUGUUGAUCCGUCGGACAGUCACGUGUUUGAUAUGCAUCCACAGGUGUCUGCGUUGCAGCAGUCGGCGGCUAUGGACUCGCCGAUGUCACCGAAGAAUUCAGAGUCGCAGUCGUCGGGGCAGGAAAUCGGACGGAAGUAUUACAUGUGCCCGGUGUGUCAGAUGGAGUUUGUGUAUGGUGCUAGUUUUAUCAAGCAUAUGCGAAGAUUUCAUCCGGGAGUUGAUUUCGAGUUGCCGAAGACAGGAAAGGGUAGGACGCCUUCGCUGACCAAAGGAGAGGAUCCAUCUGCUGCAACGGCUCCAGAGUGGAAGUUGUCUGGUCCAAUGUGGGUCGACUAUAGCCCUAAAUCGUCCGGACGAUCGCCGCCAAAGAGUCAAUCUUUGUUGGUCUCGGCUCCUCCGGUGACAGUAACGAACACUGUAGCUACUCAGCCUGUGGCAUCGGUUAGUCCUCCGACUACACAGAGUAAUAGUUCAGGAGAUCAGUACAUGUAUCAUGCAAAACGAACUCGACAAUGUCCAUGCUGUUCUGCCGUCUUUGUCUACGUUGGCAGUCUCAUCAAACACAUGCAGAAAUGUCAUCCAGGAUCAACAUGGCUCUCAGACAGCAGCGAACUACGAAACUACUUGAAGCAAGAAAAGCCAGAACGCGCAUCAUCAGCCACUGCCGUAUCGACAGCGAGCCCAGUUCGAGUUCCCAUUCAGACACGAAAAGACAUUGUGUCACGUCGGGGUCAACGUGCUCACUACUGUCGCAUCUGUUCCAAACCGUUUUUCUACAUAGCGAGUCUUCACAAGCAUCUCCUCGACCACGGCGUCACUCCCGAUGAAGUCGUACGUCUCAGCAGCCUAACGAACCCGAAAGAAGACGUGUCCAGCUCCGUUCCUGCGUCUGUUCUAUCCGGAAUGUCGAUGCCACCUCUCACACAACACAACACAUUGACUGACCAGAUGAUGAGCUUGAACACAAACAGCAGCAUGUCUGGAAUCGAGUCGUCUGCAAAGAGAGCGAAGCUCAUGACCGGAGAAGAAUUCAACCCGAUGCAUACGGUCGUGACAGACAGCUCACUGGACGACAUGCCACAACACCAAAUGUCGUUACGAUCGAGAGCGAAUCGUCUUCCUGUGAAUUACGCCGAGAUGGAAAUGGAGGAAGGAGAAAUGGCAAAUAUUGAUGAUGAACAAAAUGCAGGCGAGUUUUCUGAGAGUUCGGGUACUCCGUAUGUGUCAUACCAGCAGGCACAUCAUACUGUUAUGUCAUGCUUGCAGCAGGCGUACAAUGCGCUCGUAGCUUUAGAAAACAUUCAGGGGCUUGCAAGGUUUGAUCAGCCGUUUAUGUUGCUGUCACCUGUUGCUGCUCUGUUUGAGGGCGAUUCACAGGGCGUGUCGGUGCUGAAGAGUGUGACGUCGUCGGUUGCCGGGGCAUUACAGAGUGCUGGCCAUUUGGGUGUCGCGUUGGCCGAUUUGCAGUCGAUGUUGAAUCAGAGAGUCGACGAGAUGAAUCGGAAAAUGGUGUCUGCUGUGUACUCGGAGACUAUUCAAGUAGGAAAGAAGAGUUUGGUUGUUGAGGCUCCGGCAGUUGAGGGUGUUGACAAUGGAGGAUGCAGGGAGGAAGCUGUGGAUGAUGAGAGAAGGCUAGGGAUUCCGUCUAUGGAAGAGGAACUUCGCAUGCUUGAGAGACAAGAUUCAGAGCCAUUAACACCCCCACUGCAAAUUGCCGACAGCCCGACAGCCAAGUCCACUAGCAGUCAAGACACCGAGAUCUCCCCAGACAAAUUCGACGAUAACGUGGAGCCGAACCAUUACGAAUCGAAAGAGACACACUCGAAGAGCAGCCACAACACGCGCGGCAAACGUCGCAAAACACACCACUCGGUCUCACCGCCGCUAACCGAAUCAGACGACGAUUCAGGUGACAUGCCUCAAACCUCAUUAAAUUAGCAAAAUUUUUUUCUCACAUUGCACAUAGUGAUUACACUGCAAAUUGAAUGGGACAAGCAAUUUCGUGUAGAUAACUGCUGCGUUUUAUUAAUUAUUAUUAUUUGUGUCUCGAUACACCACUUGAAUGGGAGAAGAUUGGAUGUGAAUUUUAGGUCACUAUGACGAUGGUAUUGAGGACCGUGAGGUACAUUGUAUUUAUUGGAUUCUGCGUAGAGAAGAUGAAGCUUUGUAAAGGCUGAGAGUACGACACUGCCUUACUUUUUUACUAUAUGAAAAUGGAAUCGAUAUGUAUACGA